AUGGCUGCCUCUAUCCUUAACUUAGCAGCCCCUUUCCACAUUUUGACCUACGGCACCUUGCUAGGCACCUCACUCUUUCAUACCUUUAUCAAUAGCCCGGUUCUCUUCAAGAAUACUGAAAGGCCUGUCUUCUCUGCCAUCCAAACAAAGCUCUUCCCUUUGUACUUUGGUAUUCAAGCAGCGGCGCCGGUAAUCCUCGCCUUGACUUUCCCUGGAAAUAUCCUUCUCGGUUUCGAAUCCGGUAUUUCUGGACUACUCUACGAUGGCAACCGUUGGUCUUCUCUGGUGCCCAUCGGGUUCAUGGUCAUUAGUGGUGCCUUUAACCUCACUGUUCUGCUACCCGCCUCUCGCAAGGUCAUGAAGGACCGAUACGGUCAAGGUAAGCGGGAUGGAAAAGAGUGGUAUGAACCAGGUGAGAAAUCCGAAGCGAUGAAGAAACUGUCGAAGCGUUUUGGUAUGCUCCACGGCAUUUCUUCACUGCUUAACCUCGGCACUUUCAUUGCUGCUGUAUCAUACGGUGUUACUCUUGGAUAUCGCAUCCAGUCUGUUGCUGACCGUCUGUAA